AUGGGUUUGGGGUUCUCUGGUAGGCGCGCUGCGCCAGGCCCCCAACCCAGAAUUUCUGCCGAGCACUUUUGCUCGUUCUCUCACCCUAAAUCACCUAAAUUUGAACGUCAAUACGCACUUCAUUUGAUAAAAAGUCCAAGAAAGAAAAAAGAUGAGUUUAGACGUAACUUGAGUGCUUCAGUUGAUGUGACAAGAUUUCUCUUGAAAUUAGGAUUAUCAUUUCAUGGAUAUGAUGAGAGUCGAUCUUCUUCAAAUAGAGGUAUUUUUCUUGAACUUUUGCAAUGGUAUGGAGAUAUUAAUAAAGAUGUUGGAAGCAAUAUUUUAGAAAAAGCUCCAAAAAGUGAAUUGAUAUGUUCUCCAAAUAUUCAAAAGGAUAUUGUUGAUUCUUGUGCUAAGGAAACAAUCAAAUCUAUUCUUGAAGGUUUAGAUGGGGAAUAUUUUGGGAUACUAGUCGAUGAAUCAAAAGAUAUAUCACACAAGGAGCAAAUGACACUUGUUAUGAGAUAUGUUAACAAAGAAGGAGAAGUGAUAGAGCAAUUUGUUGGUAUUAUUCAUGUUAGUGAUACAUCUGCUUGUUCAUUAAAGGAAGCAAUCUACUCUUUUUUUUCAGAUCACUCAUUAACUCCAUCCCAAAUACGUGGGCAAGGUUAUGAUGGAGCUUGCAAUAUGCAAUGGCAUCUAAAUGGUAUUAAAAGUUUGAUUUUGAAUGAGACUUCAUCGGCAUAUUGCAUUCAUUGUUUUGCCCACCAAUUGCAGUUAACAAUAAUGACUCUUGCAAAGCAGGACUCAAAUGUAGAUGACUUUUUUUGCUUAGUUACUAAUGUGUUAAAUAUUGUUGGAGAAUCUUUUAAGUGCAGGGAUUCACUUCGGAAUCACCAAGCUGAACACUCAGAGUAG